AUGCCGAAACAGAUAAAAGAGAUCAAAGACUUCUUACUGACGGCCCGUCGGAAGGACGCCAAGUCCGUGAAGAUCAAGAAGAAUAAGGAUAACGUGAAGUUCAAAGUCCGCUGCAGUCGCUAUCUCUUCACAUUAGUCAUACAGGACAGGGAAAAGGCCGAGAAGUUGAAGCAAUCCCUCCCACCCGGCCUUCAGGUCAAAGAGUUGAAUCGGCACAUCCGCGGCCAAAGUGUCGUAUUAGUGCCGUAUAGGGACUGUCAUGUGGUUAAGUAUAACGAGUGGAUGAGAGACCCGGGGCUGCAAUACUUGACCGGUUCCGAGCCGUUGACACUCGAGGAAGAGUACGAAAUGAUGGCCAGUUGGACGUCCGAUGAGAAUAAGUGCACAUUCAUUAUACUCGACAAACAGCUGUUCCACGCGAGCGGUGAUAGCCAUGAAGUCGAGGCAAUGAUUGGCGACAUUAACCUGUUCUUCGACACGAGCGCCGAUUCGGUGGUAAAGACAGCGGAGGUUGAGAUAAUGAUCGCCGAAGAGUCGCACAGAGGUCUCGGCAAAGGCAAAGAGUCGGUGCUAUUGAUGCUGAGGUUCGCCGUUGAGGUGAUCGGCGUUCAGAGGUUUGUGGCGAAAAUCAAAUACAAUAACCGUUCGUCGCAUUCAAUGUUCGCGACAUUGGGUUUCACUGAAGUGUCCAGAAGUGAUGUCUUCGAGGAAAUCACUUACCAUUUGGAUGUCAGCGACCAGUGGUUUGAUGGCAUCAAAAGCCGCACACAUUAUACUGAAUACGUUUUGCUGUAG